AAGGAUAGAUUUUCUAAUAUAUAGAUCAAUCAAAUGGGACAAAGAAAAAUAAUGUACUUAUGAAAAUUGAGUUAACAUUGAGAAGUGAAAUCUUCAAAUAUAUAAAUGAGAGAAUAAAUUUUACCCUAGUUAACUCACUUGUCUAUACUUAAAGUUGCUCGGACUCUUCAAAAAUGAUGCCGCGCCGUGUCGGAUUCUCAAAAAAUGCACUAUAUUUGAAAGGAUCCAACACACACUCGAUGACAUUUUUGAAAAAUCCGACCAACAUAAUGUAUACAAUCUGAACCAAAUCUUUGAAGAAAAACGAAAGCAACACAAAAGAAAAAAGUGAAGAGAAAGUUGAGUACAAGAGGCAUUGGUUUGGUAGACACACUUUCCAUUGGAAGGAUUCUGUAAACAUUGUCCUUUCAACAUCUCUAUGUAAGAUGUGCAACAGGAAAACAGGAAAAAUAGGUUAGAUAUUCCAAUAUAUAUUUUCACAGAUUCACAAGCAGACAAUCUUAAGACUGGGAGUGUUCAAAAGACAGUUUACUUUUUCCUUCUCUUUUUUUAAUCUAUUCAGCACAAAACUGCUAAGUAUCAUCCAUAUUUUCUUUUUGAGUAUCCCAAAGAGAUGUAACAAUAGUUUUAUUUUACUAGCCAAGGGAAAGGGAAAAAAGAUAAAGUGUGUAGGGGACCAUAAAUUUCAUGUCAUUUUCAGCAUUUUCUGCUUGGAUAGUUAUUCACUUUUGCUUGUUUUUUUAUUAGGUUGAAAGAAGGUCUAUAGUACUUUAGGUUCUAUAGCUUUCAGCUGCUAGUGUAUAGGGUAUGCUAAACUUCAGAAACAGCAAAAAAAGAGUGCAUGCAGGGGAAUCUUUGCUUUCUUCAUUCAUUCAAAGUAUACUAAAUCCUAAGCAUGUCAUGUUUUCUUGUAUUAUUCAUACGCUUAUUACUAUCAGGGGUUAUCUAAAGUAUACAAGUUAUUUAUAUAUAUAUGUAAGUACUUAAAAAGGACUUUCUCAUAUGUAUUAGUGAUUACAUUUUCUUGAAUCUUUGAGUUGCAAUGCAUAGGUACCUAGUGUACACAACAUUUCUUGAUAGUUAAGUCUAUAGCAAAAAUGGUUUCAAAAGAUUCACCCCCACCUUCACACUCAAGUAUUUUACACCAGUUUAUUAACUCAGACUCCAUCACUAGUCAAAUUGGAAGCCAACAUUUUGACAUUUAUCAAUCUGAUCUAAGUGGUAAUACUACUAGUAGUACAAAUACUGCCUAUCAGCCUCAUCAUGGUGUGCUGUCUAGAUCCAUUGAGUUUGUUAACCCACCUCAUUUUACAACUGAUUCUGAUGUUAGCAACAGUAGACAUUUGAUGGAUCUUCUUGGAGCUUCACAUGAUGCUAACCAACAAGCACAAAGACUCUCACUUUCUUUAGGUUCUCAUUCACUUGUUUCUUCAUUAAGUUCAAGUUUUGCUAAUCCUAGUUAUAUGAACCAAGAAAUUGAUCAAAGGAACAAUGAGUUUUCUUUCUCUGCAGCUGCAAUGAACCAAUCAUUUCCCACUGUAUGUGGUACUGAAUCUUUUGUUUCUGCUAUUGGUACCUCAAAAUACUUGAAACCAACUCAGUCUCUCUUGGAGGAAUUGGUUUGUAUUGGUGGAAAGUCUAUUGAUUUGAGUAAUGAGAAGUUUAUCAGGCGAUUAUCGCGUAAUAGUAAGAAAGGAUCUUUAAGCCUUCGCGUUAUGUUGAAAGGAGAGAUCCCACCAAGCAAUGAACUGUUCAAUGAAAGACAUGAACUUUAUGUAAAAAUCAUGAAGCUCAUGGCCUUGUUGGAAGAGGUGGAAAGGAGAUAUGAGCAAUAUUAUCAACAUAUGGAAGAAGUUACUUCAACAUUUGAAGUGAUAGCAGGAUUUGGAUCAGGGAAGCCUUACACAGCACUUGCACUUCAAGCCAUGUCUAGACAUUUUUGCAGCUUAAGAGAUGCCAUCAUAUCUCAAAUCAAUGUCAUUAGACUAAAAAUGCCACGAGACGUGCCGAAAAUUAGCAGUGGCCUAUCACACUUGAGUCUUUUCGAGAAAGAGACUCUGCAGAACAGAAUGUCACUUCAACAACUUGGAAUCAUCCAAAGUAAUCGAGCUUGGCGACCAAUUAGAGGAUUGCCAGAGACAUCGGUGGCAAUUCUUCGUUCAUGGCUAUUCGAACACUUCCUCCACCCAUAUCCAAAUGACUCUGAAAAGCUUAUGUUAUCAUCUCAAACAGGCUUAUCGAAAAAUCAAGUGUCCAACUGGUUUAUUAACGCGCGAGUUAGGCUGUGGAAGCCCAUGAUUGAAGAAAUGUAUAAGGAAGAAUUUGCGGAGUCUUCAGUUGAAUCAGAUCAUUUGUUGAACAGAGAAGGUGUUACAGAUUCUGCAGAAGAAUGAAUGGAUGAAGUGCGAAGAUGAGGAAUAUAUUAUUUUAUGUAGUAAUAAUACUAUGCUUUUACAGUUGGAGUUCACUGAAGAAUUGGACUGUGGGAGAAACGUUGAACAAGUACAAGAUGGCAGUUGGAGGAAAUAUGUUAGAAAAACAAAAUGUCGCCUAAAAUGGGAGGCAUUCUCGUACUUUUAGUACUUGUUGUUAAGAAAUAAUAUAGUAAUAGUGUCUGAAAAUUGUUAUGCUUUUACCAACUUGUCUGAAAUUUUUAUGUUUAGCAUGUAGCCUUUAUGGAUUAGCUUUAUCACACGUUAGAAGUUAAAGCUUUUUGCA